AUGGGGGAUUCGAACAGCAAAAGGAAACGUCCGCAAAGGGGCAUGCCGAUGAACACAGAGCCUGACGCCAACAUGUUGGGGGGCAUCGAUGCGGAUCCCGAUUUCGAGUUCUUCAAUUCCAACCUCGAGAACAGCCCCGGCCUCUUCUUCGCCGAGGACCUGGUGACGGACAAUUCCCAGUUCCUGCCGAAUUUUGGAACUCCCGAUACGGUGGAUCAGAAAAGCCAACUACUGCCCGUUCAGAACUCUCUGCUGGAAACGACGCCGCAACCGUCCCGUUCCGCGCCCCAGCCUAUGUCCCCGGCGGCCGUGUUCCAGGACACGUCCGCCGCGUUUUCGGGAUCUAAGCGCAAGUCCCGGUCCAGCUCGGACUCGUCAGGGUCAGCGCUGACUUCAGCCGACGAUGUGAUGAUGGCCGACGCAGAUAUGGUGGAUUGGAAGUUCGAGGAGGGCACUGUGUCACACGAUGCAAAAAUAUACAGCGGGUUUGACGGGACAAUCAAUCCUGCGGCCAUGGGCAACUUCGAUUUUAUCGACAAGGCGAUGGAGAAAGUUUUCGAUUUCGAUAGUGCUGCCAGCAGUCCGAGUCCCUUCGCAAUGGGUCCGGUUGAUUCACCAGAGAUGGCAUCGGGCCAGGAGGACAGACCAAGGAGGCGGCAGUCGCCCAUGUUGAAGUCCAAAUCCACGCAUCACAGCAAGAGAAACUCGCAACACUCGAUAACGCAGUCCAUGAAUGGUCUUACGACCGCAGGGUCCAGGGAAGCUUCCCCGCCAGCCAUGGUUACGAGGAGCCAGGAAUCCUCUCCCGCAGCCUUCUUCAAUAACUCGCCCUCCCCAGGAAAUACGGUGAAUUUCAUGAAUGCGCCGCACAUGACGAGUGGUCCUAUUCAGCAUCCAGGAUGGGCAGCCGGGCUCGGCGGCUUCAACAAUGGCCCAUCGGCCACCAUGCAACGGGCACUCAAUCCACAUCCCAUGCCCGAAAUGUCUCUGUAUCAGCCACCUGCUCACAUGGCCCCGCCGCCGCUCGAGCCACUCUUGACUAUUCACCCUACUCCCUUGAAGUCUCGUGUAGAGACGCAGAUCCCCAUCACAAUGGUCAUCAGCAAUGUCCCGGCUGGCGUUACCAAAGUGCACCUACCCACCCACUGCAUAUCCAAGCCCAAGCUUCUGGCCAAGCCGACACCAGCCAGAUCCCCGGACACUCUUGAGUUGGAUGUCAAAUUGGUCUUGUCCAGUGCAAUGGCGAACCCAGAGAACAGGCGGCGUGCUUUUGAGCGAGCUGCCUCGGGACGGGCUCCCUCGGUCCAGGUGGAGUCCUCACCGGGCGAGAGCGGAGCGGAUGAGGAUGACGAGAACAAGCCCUCGAACGGUGGCGAUGUCGAUAUCUGCCCAGGGUGCAUAACCCGAGAGAGGAAGCGGGCAGCCCGAAAGAAGGUCAAGAAAGUCGAGGAGGAGGAAUCCUGGCAUAGGGACGAAGCCAAACGUGUGAUCGUCUUCAAUACCCAUGAGGUCAAGGAAUGGCAAGCACCCACGAGUCAGCAGCCCCUCGCGGAGGCGACUGGAAACCGGCCAGAACCUUUCUUCGCGGAGGGAUCGAUGCAGGUGGACAUUCCUAUGCGUAUUGCAUGCUACUGCCGGCACCAGAAUGAGAAGGUUGGGUUUCAGGUGAUAUUUACGCUCAAGGAUUACCAGGGUCGCGUGAUCGCCCAGACAAUCACUUCCUCCAUUAUGAUUACCGAUGACCACAAAACCCACAACAUGCCUCAGAUGGCAAACGAAUCUGAUGGGCAGAUGUUCUCGGGACCUGGACCAUUCUCUGCCGACCCUCCUUUCGACCUGUCCGCGGCUCCACCCGGAAAUCUACCUCCGUUCCGCCUCUCUCAGUCGAACCCGGACUCGCAGGGUAUGCAAAGCAAUUUUCAUAUGCAGUUUCCCCCUCCUCUGCCGCCUGGCGUUGCCCCAUCCUCCCACGUCUCGCAGGCGAAUUCAGUAAGCGCAACACCGCGCAACAUGUCCCGGCCGACCUCUCCCUCGUUACCACAUGGCCGAACGGCCAAGAAGAGAAAGCCCAGCGGUUCAAACAAGGUUCCUAGUGGGCUGGUCAUGACCAGACUCGAGACUGGAGAUAUCGCCGUUGGACAAGGGCCGCCUACGGGCCCCUCGAGCGCAAACACCUCUUCAGCACCAUCACCUUUCACCCCAAACUUUUCCACCUUCACACUCACUGAUCAACAGCAUUAUCACCCUCAGCCCCCUACUACGAUUUCUACCAUACCUCGACAAUACCACACUGGCCCUCCAACUCCCAAUGGCCACGAACAGGCGUUCUUCUCCAACGGCAACAGAUCCCAAUCCAUGGAGAACCUGGCUAUGCAUCAACUGUAUUCUACACCUGCUUCGGCACAUCCGAGCAGGGUCCCGAGUCCCAGCAAUGGCAUGAGGGGUACUGUUCAGGCUUACCAGAAUCAUCAAGCCCGGAUUGCUCAGGCUGUAGCGAAUGGGCUCUCUGGGGUUCCAUUGGCUCUUAAUCCCCGUCGACCGCCCACGAUCCACAAGCUGGUUCCCCAAGAAGGCCCAAAAUCUGGUGGAAUCGAAGUCACAUGUCUUGGUAGCGGAUUUUGUGCAGGUUUGGAGGUUAUGUUCGGAGACUCGAUAGCCACCACGACAACUUUUUGGGGAGAUACUACGCUUGUCUGUCUACUUCCGCCCGCGGAACGUGCUGGCACGGUAGCGGUGACCUUUAAGCACCAGCAUCCACAGCAUCAAGAGCAGCAAAUACAUCCCUAUGCAGCACCCCCGAUGCCGAAACAGAAUGUCUUUUUCAAGUACGUGGACGAUGAUGAACAACAGAUGCUCAGGAUCGCACUGUCAGUCCUUGACCACAAGAUGGCUGGUAAAAUGGAAGACGUCCGGGAUCUCGCUCGAAGAAUUCUCGGAGACGGUCCUUCUUCUUGGUGUGGACCAAAUGGGCCAUCCCUACCAGGCUGUGGUGGAGGGGGUGGGUUCAUGGGGCCGCUAAACUAA